CCGACUGGUUCCUGUGUUCCGACAUAUCCUCUGCUUCAGGUCCAAUCUCGCCGGUGACUCACGUCGAAUUGCUUGCUUCUCUUUGCAUGACGAGUACAAAUUAUCGUGCUACCGCUAGCAGCAGGUGCACCAAUCGACGACGAACUGUAUAGCACGGUUAUUCUUAGCACCAACAUCUCCUGCGAUAGCCCUAGUGAGACUCAACACUGCCACAUCUCCUCAGUCGUCAUGCCUCCUCCUAAGAUCAACCUCUUUUUUGACAUCGUCAGCCCGUUCGCCUACGAGGCAUUCCAUAUUAUCAAGCAUAAUGUCACUUUUGAGGGCGUGGAGUUGACUCUUACGCCAAUGUUCCUCGGUGGACUUCUAAAGGCGUGUGGCAACUCGCCGCCCGUGUUUAUCAAGAACAAGGCCAAAUGGAUUACGGUAGAGCGCCUGCGCUGGGCGCGCCUCUUUGACAUACCAAUGCACGACGAGUUGGUGGCCAACUUCCCACCCAACACGAUGCACACGAUGCGCGCUCUCGCCCUCAUCCCUCAGCAGGACCAGGAGCAGCUAAGUCGCGUUGUUGAAAGACUCUUCCACGAGUUCUUUGUCAACCGCAAAGCCAUUGAGACACAGGAGGUCUUUGGGCCCAUCUUGCGCGAGGUGCUUGCUGGUGAAACCGCCGAGAGCGUCAUCCAGCAGGCCGACACCGAGGGCAAGACGGCGCUCAAGAUCAAUACUGACAAGGCCUUCGAGACUGGUGCCUUUGGGACACCAUGGUUUGUUUGCACGACAAGUGACGGCAAAACGGAUUCCUUCUGGGGCGUCGACCACCUGGGUCAAGUGGCAGAUUUCCUCAGCCUAGAAAGGGUAGUACCGAGUCGCGCAUGGAGAGCCAUAAUGUGAAGACGGCGCAAGAUCCUGCUCGUGAAUAGAUGAACUUGGUAUAUGUUCUCGCACACGCGUCUUGUGGUACUCAGUGCAGAUAAAUUUCCCACGUCCUUCAGCCAAGGUACCACUCUCGCAACUAAUCGUGACAUGGGCGACGAUGCUGGUGGGUCGCCGCGUGCACGGUCGCGUUCGCUUUUGUUGAUCGAUGGAGAUCGGGACGCGACAAGGGCAUGGCUUUGGGGUGCAGUAGAAAACGCGCAGUGGCAAUCACAGUGGUGCAGAGUCUGACAGGCCAGGUUUGUUUAGGUUUUUUGUUGUUCGUGAUCAAUU